AUGGAGCAUUUGGUGGAGACGAUGAACGACACUAACUCAGCUCCGAGCAGAUUAGUGGAAGCAAGGCUCGACGAGAUCCGUAAACUUCUCGGCAAAGCCGAGGAAGAUCCGUUAAAGAUCGUAGGCGUAGGAGCCGGUGCUUGGGGAAGCGUCUUCAUCGCAAUGUUACAAGAAAACUACGGGAGAUUCAGAGAGAAAGUCAGUGUUAGAAUCUGGAGAAGAGGAGGGAGAGCAAUAGAUAAAGGAACAGCUCAGCAUUUAUUCGAAGUGAUCAACUCGAGAGAGGAGUUGCUUAGGAGGUUGAUAAGAAGGUGUGCGUAUCUAAAAUACGUGGAAGCUAGGUUAGGUGAUAGGGUUUUGUACGCAGAUGAGAUAUUGAAAGAUGGGUUUUGUUUGAAUAUGAUUGAGACUCCUUUGUGUCCUUUGAAAGUUGUGACGAAUCUUCAGGAAGCGGUUUGGGAUGCUGAUGUUGUUGUUAAUGGUUUGCCUUCUACGGAGACGUUUCAGGUGUUUAGUGAGAUUAGUAAGUACUGGAAGGAGAGAGUUAAUGUGCCUGUGAUUAUCUCUUUGGCUAAAGGUGUGGAAGCUGAGUUUGAACCACAUCCUAGGAUUGUUACUCCUACUCAGAUGAUCUACCGAGCGACUGGGAUCCCUCUUGAGAACAUUCUAUACCUUGGGGGACCUAACAUUGCUUCAGAGGUAUACAACAAGGAGUACGCUAAUGCACGGAUUUGCGGGUCUGAGAAAUGGAGGAAGCCUUUGGGGAAGUUUCUAAGGCAGUCUCAUUUCAUAGUGUGGGACAACAGUGACCUUGUUACUCAUGAAGUAAUGGGUGGUUUGAAAAAUGUUUAUGCCAUUGGCGCAGCAGUGUUUGUUUUGUGUUUUUUAGGAAUGGUGGAUACAUUGACAAAGGAGAGUGCUACCAGUAAAUCAGUGUACUUUGCGCAUUGUACUUCAGAGAUGAUUUUUAUCACUCAUCUAUUGGCCAAGGAGCCAGAGAAACUUGCUGGGCCUUUGCUUGCGGAUACCUAUGUGACAUUGCUAAAAGGUCGUAAUGCGUGGUAUGGUCAGAAGCUCGCAAAAGGAGAACUUAACCUUGAAAUGGGUGAUAGCAUCAAAGGCAAGGGAAUGAUCCAGGGAGUUUCCGCGGUGAAAGCGUUUUUCGAGUUAUUAAACCAAUCCUCGUUAAGUCUUCAACACCCUGAAGAGGGCAAACCUGUUACUCCUGCUGAGCUCUGUCCUAUCUUGAAGAUGCUCUAUAGAAUUCUCAUAACAAGGGAGUUCUCGUGUGAGGCGGUUCUUGAGGCGCUGAGGGAUGAGACAAUGAAUGACCCACGUGAACUCAUAGAGAUUGCUCACAGCCAUCUCUUCUUCCAACCAUCGCUUCUAGGUCAGAAACCUUGA